AUGGAAGUGUUCCUCGUACCAGUGCGGGCAAGAUGGCAGCUGAAGAUGGAGUUGCGACAAAAGACUGCUGUCUUAGUCGUCUUUGAAUGGGUACUAUGUGGGUCUCUCGACUGGCUAGAACGCCGAGCAUGUGCUAGAUCGAUUCAGUGCGAUGGCGGUUGGUUGCUCUGGAUUGUAUUAUCGAGUCAUGCUUAUGGAACAAUGGGACUAUACCUGGCUGGUGAGCCAAACGAUACUGGUUUGAGGUACCCUAGUAUGGCGGCCUGGGCAGGACCGACGACGCGCCGCGCGUGCCAAGAUGGGUUCGAAGUUGUCCUCGCUUGA